AUGCAAAAACAUGUAAAGGCGACGUGUUGUCCAUUACACACACCUCAGCUCUCUUCCAAGGCUUGCCGCAGUGACCACCUCCUCCAUGACAUCCGCGCCACUGCCACCCCCAUCCCCAUCCCCACCCCCACGCGCGCGGCGAGCAGGCGCCAUCGCCCGGAUGUCUCCUCCUCCCUGGCCGUCCCGCUCCCCUCCCUCCCCCACCACCGCCGCUCCCCCCGCCGGGGCCGCCGAACCCGCCCAGCCGCGACGGCCCCGCCCCCGCCCCCGCUGCACGAGCUUGAGAGCGUGCGCCGCGUGGGCAGCGGCGCGGGCGGGACGGUGUGGAUGGUGCGGCACAGGCCCACGGCCCGCUGCUACGCGCUCAAGGUGCUCUACGGGAACCACGACGACGCGGUGCGGCGCCAGAUCGCGCGAGAGAUCGCCAUCCUGCGCACCGCCGAGCACCUGGCGGUGGUGCGCUGCCACGGCAUGUGCGAGCGCGGCGGGGAGCUGCAGAUCCUGCUCGAGUACAUGGACGGCGGGUCCCUCGACGGCUGCCGCAUCGCCGAUGAGCCCUUCCUGGCCCACGUAAUUUAG